GCGGUUUUUACGGAUUGAGGUGCAACAUGGCGGAAAAUGUGCGAAAUUUAAAAGUUCAAAAAUUUUUGGAAAUAAAAUGGCAAUAACUCGGAAAAUAAGCAGUUUUUUGGGAUACUGACACCCCAACAGUCUCCAAACACAGACAGUGCUGCUUCACUGCUUUUGGUUGCACAUAAUCGGCUGCUGUCAACUUCCUCUAUUUUAUUGGUAAAGCAUACAUGCACAAAUGAUGAAUGCGGCUGAAACUCUGCCACCGGAACCUGUGAUUCUCUUGUCAUGUGGAUCAUUUAACCCCAUUACCGUCAUGCAUUUGCGGAUGAUGGAGCUUGCACGGGACAAAGUGGAGCGCACGUGGUCCAUACCACCGACACGUUUCCAAACGCAAUGGUUGAGUUCCUCUGGAUCUUCUGAGAAAACACAUUCAGAACACGAGCCCCAUAGUUGGAUUUACUCACAAACUCUGCCAAAGCGCCAAAUUGUUGUCGGGGGUAUUUUCAGUCCCGUAUCCGAUGGGUACAACAAAAAAGACUUGGCUGCAUCGUCCGUACGUGUCGAAUUGCUGCGGUUGGCGUGUCAGUUUAACUCUGACUGGCUGGCGGUGGACCCAUGGGAGGCCGUUCAGCCGAACUGGACAAGAACGCGUCUGGUAGCGGACUGCCUUCAAGCUAGACUCGAUCAGAUCUUUGUGAAACUCAAUGAACUUGAGUGCAGUCCGUUUGGCCUGCAUGAGCAGUUGUAUGUUGAUAAUACUCCAGCUUAUCUCGGUGGCUCUCCAUUGGCGCAGUCUGGUCUGGUCACAGAAUCUUGGUUAACUGGUCGCCUGAGUCAGGUAACUUGUCAGCUUUCCGACUUCGAAUUUCACACGCUGUGUUGCGCGCGUGAAGGAGCGCCCAACAUAGCCUAUCCAGUGCCAGCAGAUCCUUCAUCCACCUUACGACGGGCGCGGAAAUUGCGUUAUCCUCGGGCCCGAAUAAAACUGGUUUUUGGAGCAGAUGUACUACAAUCUUUCGCGGUCCCUGAUUUGUGGUCUGAGGAUGACAUGGAAACCUUGGUUCGCGACUAUGGCAUAAUUUGCAUAAGUCGUCCUGGUUCGGACCCAGCAAGUCUCAUCCAGAAUACUGAUAUCCUGCGAAAACACGAGGACAAUAUUAUGCUUGUUACCGACUGGUGUGAGAACAAGCUGAGCGCAACGAUGGUACGAAACAAUAUAAAAUCAGGUUCAUCCAUCCGAUACCUGGUUCCUGAUGCUGUUCUAGAAAAGAUAUAUGCUGAAGGCAUGUAUGGGGCAAAGAAAACACGACGGCUCGUUACCAGCCACCUUUGUUGAUAUCAUUCUCUCCCCCCCCCCCUGAAUUGCAAAAUUUCAUCCAACUGAAACAACUCAGUCUAUAGACAUUUACGUAAUCCACCUAUGUAGAACUGGUCAGUUUUAUGUAUUUUUUUAUCUGAUUUAACCCUACUGAUUCAUCAUCACCAUAAAAGGCACCGUGCUUUCUGUACA